AUGUAUGUGUGUGUGGGUGUCUGUCCAUGGUGUGUACGCGCGCGUGUAUGUGUACCCUUGUGUAUCAUACUAGUGGGCUUGCUCGCCCAGAGUGGUAUCGGUUACGUGAAGUUUGUUCCUGGAAUUCAAAGUCAUAAGGAGAAAGCCAUUGGUUCUGGACGUAAUUCCCAACUUCGCACAGCCAUUAUGAUGACGCCGAAAGGUCAUAUGGUUACAAAUGGCACAGAUGGGAAAAUUGAACUAAGCGAUGAAUUAAAGGUAACAAUAGCGGCUGAAGUUCGCGCCCAAAUUGUGCCAGUGGUCAAGGAAAUAGUCCGCGAGGUGGUUACCGAGAUAAGAAGCGUGAUGACCGAAGUAAUGGCACCUAUAUAUGAUGAACUGAAUCGUCUUCGUAGUAGUACCGCCACUACGAAUGGCGGCAAUACAAAUGCUUUGCAAUUGCAUGCAGCUUCUGCAGCUGCAAAUUCUAUCACUGCGCCGGCAACAGUCGUUGCCUACCCGUCGGAUAGCGCCAUUUUGGCAGAAGUUUAUGCAGCAACAAGUAAUGUAGCAGUAACAAUGGGUGGUACUGCAUGUGCAGAUGCUGCUACGGCUGCUGCAGUCGCUGCACAAAAUGCACAAUUGCAGCAAUUUCUAAAGGAAAACGCCCGUACUGCUUAUGAUCCAAAUAAAGGUAAAAUGUAUAUGGAAGAUAGCGUUGGUGCCAAAAGUCCAGAAGAUUUCGUCGAACAACCCAGCGAACCUCGCGCACGUGAAUCGACGAGCGAUUGUGCUGCAUACAAUUAUGUCUACUAUAAUACCGCUUCUGCGGUACCGAUUAUGUCAAUGUUGGAACCUGGAAGCAACAUAUGUGUUUGUCAGAAAGUACCUAGUAUAUUUCUCGGAAAAGAAGGUGGAAAAAUUUCAUUUCUCGUCGAUACGCGAACAGUACCACUGAAAGAUCUUACCGCUGAUAAUCUAGGAAGUUGGACAUGCCGUUUUACCGCUCACAUGAAGUCUCGGAAAUAUAUGGUGAAAAAGGGCAAAGUAAUAGGCCAUGUAAAGCAGUAUGGGCAAGUAUAUUCAGUACCGCACGAUUACGAUUAUAUCCUGCAUCGCCAAUACUAUUGUCACGGUAAUACCAUUGGUCCAGCAACAAUUCGGAAGAAUAUUUGGUAUUUGUCUAAUAAAUUACAUGGUGGUGAAGUAAUCGGAUGUGCUAUCAUUUCCUACGAGAUUGGCGAUAAUGCAACAGUAAAAAUUUCUAAGCUACGACAGCGAGCUCUUCUCAAUAACUCAUCGGAGAAUUUGCGCCUUUUGAAAGCCGAAAUAUCGGUAACACCAGAAGAAAUGGAUGUCACCAAUGUAGCGAUGAAUCCAAACGCAGAAUUACAACGAUUUGUAAGUAAUAUUCAAGUACCGCAGCAGUAAGUUGCAAAUUGUUUUUCUCAUUUGCUAGUUUUCUCAUUGCUUUGUGAUGAAAAUUGUGGAGCGGAUGCAAGAAGCGGAAUUCAAGCAUGUACAAUGUUCUUCAGAUCAUUUGGUAUGGCUGUGAAGUUUUAUUUUAAUGCUGAUUUAGGAAAUUUCCAAAAACAAAAGUUCCGGAG